UCCCCGCACCCGGCCCGCCCACCGCGCCGCUCCGGCUCGCGCAGCCCUACGGCGGCCUCCCGGCGAGGCCUGGCAGGUCCAGCUCGGAACGCAGCUCGGUCCAGUCGGGGCGGCGGCGGCGGCGGGCGCAGAGCGGAGAUGCGGCGGCUCGGGGGCACCCUGCUGUGCCUGCUGCUGGCGGUGGCCGUCCCCACGGCCCCCGCGCCGGCUUCCACAGCGACCUCGGCCCCCGUCGAGCCCGGCCCGGCUCUCAGCUACCCGCAGGAGGAGGCCACCCUCAACGAGAUGUUCCGCGAGGUUGAGGAACUGAUGGAGGACACGCAGCACAAACUGCGCAGCGCGGUGGAGGAGAUGGAGGCAGAAGAAGCUGCUGCUAAAACAUCAUCAGAAGUGAACCUGGCAAACUUACCCCCCAGCUAUCACAAUGAGACCAACACAGAAACCAAGGUUGGAAAUAACACCAUCCAUGUGCACCGAGAAAUUCACAAGGUCACCAACAACCAGACUGGACAGACGGUCUUUUCCGAGACAGUCAUCACCUCUCUGGGAGACGAGGAAGGCAAAAGGACCCAUGAGUGCAUCAUUGACGAGGACUGCGGGCCCAGCAGGUACUGCCAGUUUUCCAGCUUCGAGUACACCUGCCAGCCGUGCCGCGACCAGCAAACGCUCUGCACCCGGGACAGCGAGUGCUGUGGAGACCAGCUGUGUGUCUGGGGGCACUGCAGCAAAUCGACCACCAAAGGCGACAAUGGGACCAUCUGUGACAACCAGAGGGACUGCCAGCCUGGGCUAUGCUGUGCCUUCCAGAGAGGCCUGUUGUUCCCUGUGUGCACACCCCUGCCCGUGGGGGGUGAGCUCUGCCACGACCCCGCCAGCCGGCUUCUGGACCUCAUCACCUGGGAGUUGGAGCCAGAGGGCGCUUUGGACCGAUGCCCAUGUGCCAGUGGCCUCCUCUGCCAGCCCCACAGCCACAGCCUGGUGUACGUGUGCAAGCCGGCCUUCAUCGGGAGCCGCGACGGGGAUGCAGAGAACCUGCUGGCCAGAGAGGCCCCCGGCGAGUCCGAGGCCGGUGGCCUCAUGGAGGAGGUGCGCCGGGAGCUGGAGAACCUGGAGAGGAGCCUGUCGGUGGAGAUGGCUCUCGGGGAGCCCGGGGCCGCCUCUGAGCUGCUGGAGGGAGAAGAGAUUUAGCCCCUGCCUGUGCAGUGGGUAGACGUGCAAUAGAAGUAGCUAAUUUAUUUCCCCAGCUGUGUCCUCUAGGUGUGGGCUUUUCCAUGGCCUCUUCCCAGUGCCUCGCCCUCUGGCUUGAAACACAACGAGAUCCUGCACCCCUGUCCAGCUCCCCGAGACUCUACAGCACGCAUCCCACUUCUGGGGCCUGGGAAGGGGUGGGGGCGGGAGGCUGACGGCGGAACAGAACUGCUAAACUGGUCCGAAUCAUCGGCCACUCUGCCUCUGCUGGCUGGCGGAUGGCACGUUGCAUUUUGUUCUAUAUCGCCUCAAGAACUGUUGGAGGGGAGGGGAUGGAAAAGGAUACGGAAUUUCCCCGUGGUGGGUUUUGGGGAAAUGUUGACUCUUAUACUUGUGGAGAAGAGUGCCCUGCUUUGCUCACAGAAACCUGGCGAAAAUGCGACAGAUGAAUUUUUCAUGCAGUCCUGCCCGCUGCCUGGGCAAGCUGUGCCUUCUGCUGCUGCGGCUGACACGUUGUGCUCGCUGCGUGUUCCCUGCAUGCAUCCUUCCAGCAGUUUUACUCCGCUCCUACCUCUGCGCCGGGGCAGCGGCUUUAUAUCUGUGAUUGGGUGAUGCCCUCACCACAGCCGCGAAGGGCACAUUGUUCCCCGCCCGUCCGGAUCUCGGAGGCUCAGAGACGUCAAGUUGCUUGCCCAAGUCACACAGCUAGUAAAGACCAGAGCAGGAUUUCACCCAGGUGUGACGCCAAGCCCAGGGCUCCCCACCAGCCUCAGUGCCACCAAAAGUACCCCCUAAAAGGAGGAAGGAUGAGAUUUUUCUUUUUUUGAGGCACAUCUGGAAUUAUGGUCAAACUAGUUCACUCAUCCCUGUAAGACUAAACUUGUACCGUUAGAAAUAGCAGCGUUCUCCCCAGUGUGGGGGCGGCCAUCGUUCUAGUGGAGACAAAUGAUACUGACACCGUCCCCUCUGGCAGUUAGUUACAUUAGUAACUCUGAAGGUACGCGAUGGAGCAUGAUACAUAAGUUAAGUUGCCAGAAACAUACUUAGGUAAUUGUCGGGCCAGGAUGGGAAACGAAAUUUGCAAAAUCGCUUACUAGCAACUGAGGACCAUUAUUGUCCACAUGGAGGAAAUCAAACACGUGAGGCCCUAUGAAAUACGGUUGUAAUAUCCAAACUCAGCGCUGGCUGCAUGCUGUCCCACAAAUGAUAUUUUCAGGUGCCAUGGACCAUUUCCAUCAUGUAUUCAUCCAGAGUUAUUAAAUUUUAAAGUUGCACACGAUUGUAUAAGCAUGCUUUCUUUGGGUUUUAAAUUAUGUAUAAACACAUAUGUUGCAUUUAGAAAUCAAGCAUAAAUCACUGUAACUACUCUUU